GUGCUGUUUCCGCCUUGACGGCUGCAUUGUUGAAGGAAGUGAAGUCUGUCAAACAUGAGUUUCCACUACGGCCAGGGCUAUCCCGGAGCAGGAGGACGCCAACCAGCACCAGGUGCUGCAUACGGGGGAGGCAGUGGUCCCUAUGGGCCUCCCCCCUCAGCUCCAUACGGAGGUGCAGCACAACAACCAGGAGGUCCUUAUGGUGCAUAUGGAGCCCCAGGUCAACCAGGAGGGCAGUAUGGGCAAGGACCAGGGGGUGCCCCCGCCGGGCAAUACGGGGGUUAUGGGGGACAACCACAUGCAGGACAAUAUGGACAACAUCCUCCUGCAGGUAACAUCCCUCCUGGUGUUAACCCGGAGGCGUACCAGUGGUUCCACACUGUUGACACGGACCGCAGUGGCUUCAUCAACCUGAAGGAGCUGAAGCAGGCACUCGUCAACUCCAACUGGUCGGCUUUCAAUGAUGAGACCUGCCUCAUGAUGAUCAACAUGUUUGACAAGACGCGGUCGGGUCGAAUGGACAUGUUUAGCUUCUCAGCUCUGUGGGAGUUCAUGCAGCGGUGGAGGGUGCUCUUUCAGCAAUACGACAGAGACCGCUCAGGCUGUAUCAGCAGCACGGAGCUACAACAAGCCCUCGCUCAGAUGGGCUACAACCUGAGUCCCCAGUUUUCUCAGACGUUGGUGCAGCGCUUCACCUUGCAAGGCGGACGCCCCGGCAUCCAGCUGGACCGCUUCAUCCAGGUGUGCACCCAGCUCCAGACCAUGACGCAGGUCUUCAGGGAGAAAGACACGAGCAUGACAGGCAACAUCCGCCUUAACUAUGAGGAUUUCCUGUCUGGGGCCGUCACCAGGCUCCUGUGAGCCUCCUUUCCACUGGCUAUCCCUUUGCACUGGGGAUUCACAGUAUCAUUCCAUGUUCAGGUCAUAUUUUGCCCAGUUUUCAAUGCUCUGCCAUAAGUGCCCCCCCCCCCCCCACACACACACACCUGUUGGUACAGUGUAUGCUGUAUGUCAGCUGGAACAUGCACUUGAAUAGAGCCCAAUGGCUAUUAUAAAAGGUAGCUAAAGCUUUUACUGGAUUUCACCAGAGGGUCAGCAGGUGAUUGUGAAAGGGAUUGUUUAGAAGGUAACUGAUGCUAGAGACCCCCACUCAUAAUCCUACCAUAUAUGCCUUGGUGACGGUUAGAACGUUUCUUAUUUACUAGUACCAGUAUUUGAUUGAAUAGUUUAACUGAGAUACACACUUGCUUAAUUCACCGAAUGUUGACCCGGCCACCCGUCUAGCCACACACGUGUCAGCUCUGAAUCAGUGUAAAGACUCGACUAGAAGAUUUAACGGAUCAGUCAGUGAAAGAAGAUCAUUUCUCUGCUCCUACAGUGGAAUACCAGACUGCAUGACGAUAAUUAUGCUGACCAGCAAGUUCAUACCCUGUGAUUUUGCUCACAUGCAGCCUUAAUAUGAUCCUGUGCCAUUAGAACAUAGCCUUUUAUAUUGUAUAUGUAUAUCAGGAAUAUUCAACAUUUCCAGAGGGUAUUUCCAUGCAAUGGUUGCACAUUGUAUUGCACAUUGCUUUGUAUCGUAAUGUAUGUAAUUAAGCAAAAUCGGGCAACAUUUUAUAAUAUCAGAAUUAUUCUACUCUCACAUUUAGCGGGGCAUUGCGGUUAAAGAGCUGCAACUAGGUGAUUUGAAAAAAAGAAAUGAAUUUAUUUUUAUGUUUGCUACAUUGCACUCCUGUAAGCCACUAUCAACCAUAAAUACAAACAGUUAUCUGUGGCCAAAAGAAAAGUGACCCAAAAGCACUAAAAAAGGUGUUCCCUAUUAUGUUUGCCACUUUCCCCUCAAUGAAACGGGAUCUUCGGUGAUUGUUGGGCCAGUAACAGAUAAAACACGCCAGGAAACAUGCCAAAAUGGUUCUUAAUGCCAAAAACAAAUAAAUGCUUUUCUAUCACA